CUCCUUCAGUUGCCAUUACAGAGCCUGGAGCAUCUUCUUUGGUUUGGGGAUGAGCAAGGCACAGGCCAACAUCCAUAAGUGUGCUGAGCAGAUUGUGAGACCAAGAGCAAAAAUAAAGAGUUGUCCUCAAAGCAGAGAAUUUCUGAAGAAAUGGAAUCACAAUGGGUUAUUCUAGGAAGAUCCAAAGGGAAUGCUUACGCAUUUGGAGAAGUCUAUGUACCUAAGGCAAGGCUAAAUAAAAAUUGGAGGAACCUUAUAAGGAAGAGACCAAGUAAAUUCCUUCCCUCAUCUCCAAUUCAGCACCACUAAGUUCACCCUCAAGAGAAACCCUAUGAGUAUAAUGAAUGUUCAAAAACUUUUAAUAGUCACCCUAACCUUGUAGUUCAUUGUAGAAUUCACAUUGGAGAGAAACCUUAUGAGUGUAAUGAAUGUGGGAAAGCCUUCAGUCAGAAUGGAAAGCUCAUUCGACAUCAAUGAUUUCACACUGGUGAGAAACCCUACAAGUGUAAUGAAUGUGGGAAAGCCUUUGAUCAGACCUCUCACCUCAUCAUACAUAAGAGAGUCCACACUGGAGAGAAAUCCUAUGAAUGUAAUAAAUGUGGGAAAGCCUUCAAGACAGGUUCAUCUUUUAUUAAACAUUAGAGAAGUCACACUGGAGAGAAACCCUAUAAAUGUAAUGAAUGUGGUAAACACUGUUAGAAAAUCUUACAUUAUUGAUCAUCAGAGACCUCACACCACAGAAAACCCUUAUAAAUGUAGUGAAUGUGGGAAAGCCUUUGGUCCGAAAAUCUAUCUUAUGCAACAUCAGAGAAUUCACACUGCGGGCAAAGCUUACCAGUGUAAUGAAUGUGGAAAAGGCUGUAGUGGGUCUGUAUCCCUCAUUCAACAUCAGAGAAUUCAUAAUGGAGAGAAAUUCUUUGCAUGUAACGAGUGUGGAAAGCUUUUAGCCAAAGCACAUAUCUAAUUAAAUAUCAGUGAAUUCACAAAGGAAUGAAACCCUAUCAAUGUAAUAACUGUGGAAAAGCUCUCAGUAUAUCCUCAAUCUUUAUUCAGCAUCAGAGAACUCACACAAGAGAGAAAACAUAUGAAUGCAGUGAAUGUGGGAAAGCCUUCAGUCUGAAUUCUUAUCUUAUUCAGCAUCAGAAAAUUCACAUUGGAGAGAAAUCUUAUGAAUGCAAAGAAUGUGGAAAAGCCUUCUGUGUGAGGUCCUACCUCAUUCGACACCAGAGAAUUCAUACUGGAGAUAAGCCCUAUGAAUGCAGAGAAUGUGGGAAAGCAUUCAGUGCCAGUGCAUCACUUAUUCAACAUCAGAGGAUCCAUACUGGGGAAAAACCCUGUGACUGUAAUGAAUGUGGAAAAGCAUUCAGGCACAGACCAUCUCUUAUUGAAAAUCAGAAAAGGCAAGACAGGAAAAAAAAAAAAGCAAUAUGAAUGUAAUGAAUGUGGGAAGGCUUUUAGCGUAUCCUCAAGUCUUAUUCAACAUCAGAGAAUUCAUACUGGAGAGAAAUCCUAUGAGUGUAAUGAAUGUGGGAAAGCCUUCAAUCAGAAGUCUACCCUUAUUGCUCAUCAGAGACUUCACACUGGAGAGAAACCCUAUGAGUGUCAAGAAUGUGGAAUAGCUUGCACCCAAAAGGCAUCUCUCAUAGUACAUCAAAGAACACAUAAUGGAGAGAAACCUUAUGAAUGUAGUAAGUGUGGGAAAUCCAUCAGCAUUAGAUCAAUACUUAUUAAACAUGAAAGAAUUCAUAAUGGGGAAAAAUCAUAUGAAUGCAAUACAUGUGGAAAGGCCUUCAGUCAACACACAGGCAUUAUUUAUCAUGAGAAAAUUCACAAAAGAGAUAAACCCUAUAAAUGUGAAUGUGGAAAAUCCUUCAGCCAAAACAUUGGUUUCAUUCAACAUCAUAAAAGUUACACUAGAGAGAAACCUUAUAUAUGUAAUGCAUGUGGUAAAACAUUUAGCAAGAUAUUGGUCCUUACAAAACAUGAAGGGUUACAUAACGGAGAGUGCCUCUGAAUGUAUAACAUGGGAGUCUUAGAUCAUCAUUGAACAUCCAAGAAUGCAUAGUGAAAAAAAACUAAUCUUGUUUGAAAGUGUUUUAUCCAGCAUCACUACCUUAUUCAACAGCAGAAGAGAGAAAUACAACCAUAAAGUUUUUGAAUUACAGCUUUUGUCGUGCAGAAUUUAUUCUCCUAUUUCGCUCUCAAAAUAUGCUGUUUGUGUGUAGUACCGCCAGG